AUGGCGUUAGAUCUAGCGGUUAGACACAGGAACGAGAGUGAAGAUGGGGAACAUGACCAACUGCAGCAAAGUGCAGCUGUGCAGCACUGCAGCAGAGUAGUGCGAAGAGUGGAUGAAAAAGAGUGGAUUGUGGAUUCUCGUGGUAAACGUAUCUGUUGCAAAGUAUGUUUAUUGUCAUGUACCGGUACCGACAUAUUGGUUGAGGCAAAUGAAGAUAUUGAAGUUCGUUCGUUCGUUCUCGUUAGAACGAAGGGAUAA